CCAAACAUUAACCCUGAAGCAUAAAAAAGAAAUAAUUGAUAAAUUAAACACUACAUCUUACAAUUGCCACGUCUCGACAAUCUACCGUUUAAUAGCGUAUAAAGAAAAUCUAUGCUCACAAUUUCUAAGGAAUAAACCUCCUACAACUAAAAGAGUUAGAAUGAGUUGUUACCCAAAGACAGAAGCAGCUUUAUUGGUUUGGUUUACACAAAUGCGAAGUAAAAAUUGCAGUCUAAAUGGGCUAGUGAUGUCAGAAAAAGCUAUGUUUUUUAGCCAAACAUUCAAUGAAGGCAUUCCUACUAGCAGCUGGUUGCAGAGAUUUAGGAAAAGACAGAAUAUAAAUUUUCAUAAUGUUUGCAAUGAAAAGGGGAGUGCAGAUAUUAUUAAUGCAAAUGAAUGGAGCAGAAAUACACUCCCAUCUCUGAUUAAAGAUUAUCAAAGGAGUAAUAUUUACAAUUGUGAUGAGGACUAUACUACCGAGCAUUACCAAAGGGCACAAUGGAAUUUAGUGGAACUCAACCACUGGGCUUCAAACCAGACAAGGAAAAGGUCACAGUUCUAUUUAUCAUAAAUGGGGAUGGAUCUGAUAAAAAGUUAUAUGUUGUAGGGAAAUUUAAAAACCCUAGGUGCUUUAAAAAUAAAAAAUUACCAGUUAAAUACUACUCCAAUAAAAGCAGCUGGAUGACAACCUCAACUUUUGAAGAUAUUCUUAAAGAAUGGGAUUCCUCAUUAAAGAAGAAAAUUUUAUUGUUUUGUGACAAUGCAUCUUGUCACAAAACAAAAUUAACAUUUAACAAUAUAAAAUUAAUUUUUUUACCAGCAAAUACAACAUCAUUAAUUCAACCAUUGGACAUGGGUGCAAUUAGAUCCUUUAAAUGUCAUUAUAGAAAGGGUAUCAUGAGAAAAAUGAUAACAUUGAUGGAAGGAAAUGACACCAUUUCUUUUUAUAAAAGAUUUACACUAUAUGAUAGCCUCUAUCUUAUAAAAUUUGCAUGGGGUGAGGUGACAAGUACCACAAUCAUAAAGUGUUUUAUUGAAGCUAAAUUUUUUGAUAAGUCUAUGGCAUUUGAUUGGGAAUCGGAGGAUGAAAUAGCAUUAACUGACAACGAAGAAGAUGAAUUUGAUCCCAUAUUUGAAGAAUAUGUGUUACACGAUGAUGAUGCUAGCUGCCAUGGAAUUUUAGAUGAUCAGGAUAUUUGUAAUCAGAUAAGAUUAGAGUUGGAAGAAGGUUAUGAAAGCUCCGAGAAUGACGAAGGGAACCUAGAGAUAUCUGAUCAUUUAAUUACAAAAAAUCAGGCUCUUAAUGGUUAUUAUACUUUUCUUGAAUAUGCUCAUGAACAUCUAAGGGAUCAAGAUUCACUAAGAAAGCUAGAGAAUAUAGUGGAAAAAGAAUUAUUUACUCCAGAGUCUAGCCAAACUCUUAUCACAAAAUAUUUUUAUUAAAUCUUAUAUUACUUUAUAAUAAUUGUGAUACAUGUAUAAUAAAAUUAGUUCAAAUAAAAUCUUAUGUUAUAAAGCAUUAAUAAACUUUCAUUCCAGCAUGG